ACAGCCUCUCCUCUUGCCAGCGCUGACUGGUGAAAAACAAAAGAGCGAAAGCUGUGUCUGGAAAAUGUCAUCAGUCAUCCUAAUGGAGGAAAGCGACACAAAACAAACGAGUAGUGGGUAUUUUUGAGGGGUGAUGAGGAGAAGCGCUCGGGUGAUUGUGCCUGGACUCUAAAUCUGGAAACAGUAAGUGAGUAAAUCGGCUUUUUUGAGAAUCUACAGGUUCCUCCUGCUGCUUUUUUGUUUCUUCUCUUCACUCAAACAUUUUAUUGCGUUUCGGGAUGGAUCCAGACUGAGUGACAGCCAGGACUUGUGGGCGAGGAAACUGUUGCAUCACUCGUCUAAGCUGCCGCGCACCGGGGACUUGUUUAUCCCUGCACCUGUAAGAGAAGUGAAGUGUUUUCUUUCUCUAUAUUGAUGCUAAUUAGAAGAUUUAAAUUCACAGAUGGACUUGUACAAACUGUAACCACAUUCCAAUGACUGCGUUGAGCGCUUUUGUGGCUCCAGGUCGCGUCUUUUAGCUCGUUUCGUUUUGGGGGAAGUCUACGUACGCGCUCGUGCGCCGGAGAGGUGCUGUCCGUAGUCCUGAAGUCAACUCAAGAAAACUUCAAGAGAUCGUAGCAGCUCCUAAAAGAGCUUAAUAUGCUAACUCUGUACAGAGCUCAUCUGCAAACCUUGGUGCUUUUCUUCCUGUUCCACCUGAGCAAGCCAGUAUGCGUGGAAGUCCCAUCAGACACAGAAGCAGUUCUGGGGGACUUCAUGAGGCUGACAUGCAUCUCCUGCAUGCCGAGGGAGGAAGUCAAAGCAAAAACAAGCGUGGACUGGUACUUCACCCCCAAAUCAGAAAACAACAGCACCAACGACAAGUUACAUAUUUUCCGUUUUGAGAAUGAAAAGCCAUCAGUUGUUGAUGAACACUUCAGCAACCGUCUGGUUUGGAAUGGGAGCCAUGACAUGCAAGAUGUAUCCAUUCGUAUUCAAAAUGUCACUGAUUCUGACAGAGGCUUUUAUCAGUGCCUUAUACACAGGACGUUUGAGUUUGGCUUCUUCACUCCUACGUUUUCAACCGAAAAGAACUUUACUCUGGAUGUGAAAAAGAAAGCCUCAACUGACGCCGCAGCAAUCUACUCACAGAUCAUGAUGUAUGUGCUGCUGGUGUUCUUGACCUUCUGGCUGUUGGUGGAAAUGGUCUACUGCUACAGAAAGAUCUCCAAAUCCGAUGAGCAGGCGCAGGACACGGCGUACUGACAGACUACGAUGCCACAUGGGGGACUAGGCAUUUCACUCAACUACGCCACCAUGAUGGAAUCAUUUGUCCCAGAGUAUCGUGUAAAUCUUGCCAACCUAAUUUCUCUUUGUAUCGACGGUGUGUUGUAAAGACCCAGCUUCUGUACUCAACUCAAGUGCUUUUCCUAAUGUAACAGCUCAAAGAGCCAAAGCUCUUGGUUGUCCUGCACUUUUAUCUGGUGAAUAACAGCCAUAGCUUUUGACCUGCUGUUGAUGUAUUAACCAUUUCCUAGUAGUUAGUAGGGCAUCUGAGUAAUUUAUAAGCAGGAAACUGAUUGAGACAAUCUCCCCACGUGUUAUCAAAGCUCUUAUAUUCAACAGAUUUAUAUAAUUUUUAUAGACUUUUGUGUGUUUUGGGGUCACGGUUUUAUUUGAAUUGACUAAAUGUCUUUUUUUAAGUGACUGAAAAGCUUUAAUACUGUAUGUAUGUAUGUGCAUUAACCUCUGCUCUUCUGUAUGCAUCAGUGAUUUCACUGUCGUGGAGUUACAUUCCAUCAAACGCAGCUUUUUUUCUGUUGAUCUAAUCUCAUCUGGAGGGUUUUACCUUGGGGCAUAGAAACCUCGGUCUCGUCUAUCCCGCUAUGAUUAUGACUUGCCUCUGUAUAAAUCUUUAAUCCGUGUUCAGCUCAGAUGUCAAAGUACAUUCAGUAGGUCAAGUGUUGCUGCACUUUGCUACUAUAAAACUUACUCUUGAAGCUUUGACCGCUGCUGGAGUUUGAAUUAACUCAACGUGUGCCUCUUUUUACUGCACAAUCAUGUAAACAUAUUCAGCCUGUUACAGAAAUAUCUAAUAUGUGAGUGAACAAUUUUAAUAUUUAUUAAAAUCAAUGCAUUGCAAAAUCUGAA